UGAGGUGGGUGCUCGCUAUUGGGUGUCGUCUGCGCCAAAUAUACCUAUUUAAAGCAGACCAAUUUUACAAUCGACAGCCAAAUUCAUCUAAAAUGCCGCACAGAGACGCAGAACAAAUUUCCAUCUUUCGCUCCCAAAUCGAACACAGAAGUUGAGUCUCGUAUCCAUACUUCUAACUCGAAUUUAUUGUUCUUAAUCUCCAUUCUUGCUGAUCUCCUCUUGACUACAUGCAGAUUCGAGGACGAAACUCUACGAGUUCUCGAAUCCAUUCUGGUCGCCAAAGAUGUCAAAUCGUUGCUCGUAGUCCGGUUGAGCUUGAAGGAGUUCAUGAGGCGCGAAUCUCUGCGUAUUAUUCGCGAAAUCGAGGGGAAAUCUGUUGAGCAUAAGCUUUCCGUACUCGAUUUUCUUGUUCGAGCUUUCGCCCUUGCUGGCGAUGUUGAGGCACAGCUUCGAAAUUUUUUUCGUCUUAUUACAUAUAAUUCGUGUUCAUACUCAAGAUCAAUAAUAGGAGUUGUUGAUUUCCUUGAUUUACUCUCAUCACAAUAUACAAUAAUUCUAGUCAUACCUUGUUGCCUUCGUGUCUUCAAAUGAAUAGGCUCUUAUUGCCCUUGCUUAUUUUCUAGUUUACAUGUUAGUUGAUUCAACUUUGCCAAGAGUAAUAUAUUUUUCGUCAAAUUAUUGCAUUGGUUUAGGAAUAACAUGUAAAGUGACCAUCACACGGCACACCUUGACAUUUGAAAUGAAUAAGUUGACGUCGAGCUUGGAAGUAUUUAUAGUUUACUUUUAUGUUUAUAUAUGCCAACUUACAAACAAAAAAAUGUUGAUUCAAUUUAGAUUGCUAUUGCACUACGUGUUUAUGGUAGUGUCAUGGAAUGAGAUACAUUCAUGUUUUGUAUGAUAUAACAAGGUUCUUCCCAAGUUUUUCUGUAAAAAAAUAGUACCGAGAACUCUGAACUGAAAUUUGAAUGUGUCUUGGGACACAUCCAAUUCUUUCAGAGCUGCUUGGCAUUGAGAUAUGAAGCUUUGGUUCUGCGAGAACUGAUGUCAGCAAGCACCAAAUGGCUGCAAGUUUCAUACAGAGAAUGGAUGACUUUUGCCAAGCAUUCUCUUGAUAAUGGAUUCCAUUCCAAUGCCAGAAAGGCAUGUGAAAAUGCACUAUCAUGCUAUCAGAUCAAUGGAAUGCUUGACACUAAUACAGAUGAUCUUGAAGUUCUCGACAGUAUUAGAAGACUCAAGGAUGUUGCUACGGCAUUGUCUGCUUCACAUUCUGGCGAGUAUUGUUUAGACUAUAAACUUUUCAAAUUUGUUCAUUUUGUCAAACACGGUAACUCUGGCCAGCCGUGAGUCAUUUUGAUAAUUGUAAGAUAUGGAUGUUGACUACUACCAAGAUAUAACAAU